ACGGCGAGCCGCGCGGACGCGGAGUGGGCUCGGCGUGCGCGGUGGCUCCGUGGAUCGUGGUGAGGUUCUCGGAGACCGUCAGGGACUCGACGAGAGGGCGGCCGCUCGGGUGCACAGCUCACCGCCGACAGCCAGGCCCGGAAGAAGUCGCCAUCUCGGCCUGAAUUACCCGCCGAGGCCGAAGGCCCAGCUGCAGCCUCGGGCUGCUGUGAGGGUGUCUCGCUCGCCGGCCAGGAAAGGAGUAAGGGUUCGUCAGCCAUGGCCAGCUCCCGGGUCUGCCGCACUUGCGGCUGCACCGAUAUCGACUUGGACCAGGCGCGGGGGGACGCGGUAUGUACGGCUUGCGGCUCCGUCCUGGAGGACAACAUCAUCGUGUCCGAGGUGCAGUUUGUGGAGAACAGCGGCGGCGGCUCUUCGGCCGUCGGGCAGUUCGUCUCCUUGGAUGGUCCUGGGAAAGCUCCAUCAUUGGGAUCAGGAUUUCACACCAACCUUGGGAAAGAAUCGCGCACACAAUCUUUACAGAAUGGUCGGCGACAGAUUCAUCACCUGGGCAACCAGCUCCAGUUAAACCAACAUUGCCUGGACACUGCUUUUAACUUCUUCAAAAUGGCCGUCAACAAGCGUCUCACUCGGGGCCGAAAAAUGAGCCAUGUGGUCGCUGCCUGCCUCUAUCUGGUCUGUCGGACGGAGGGGACUCCUCAUAUGUUGUUGGAUCUCAGUGACCUGCUGCAGGUGAAUGUCUACGUAUUGGGAAAGACCUUUCUUCUACUGGCCAGAGAGCUCUGCAUCAAUGCUCCAGCAAUAGAUCCAUGUUUAUACAUUCCCCGGUUUGCGCAUAUGCUGGAGUUCGGCAAUAGGAAUCACGAGGUGUCAAUGACUGCCCUGCGACUGUUACAGAGGAUGAAGAGAGACUGGAUGCACACAGGCCGGCGGCCUUCGGGUCUUUGCGGAGCAGCUCUCCUCGUUGCUGCCAGAAUGCACGAUUUCCGAAGGACAGUAAAGGAGGUCAUUCGUGUGGUCAAAGUCUGUGAAUCGACACUCAGGAAAAGGCUGAAUGAGUUUGAGGAGACGCCAACGAGUCAGUUAACAAUUGAUGAGUUUAUGAAGAUUGACCUAGAGCAGGAGUGUGACCCACCUUCAUUCACAGCCGGAAAGAGGAAGGUUAGACUGCAGCAGUUGGAGCAAGAACUAUCCAAAAAACUGGCAGAUAUUGAAGGUGAAAUAACAAGUUACCAAGAUGAGAUUGAGACUGAACUGGAAAUCAUGCGACCAAGAUACCGCGGCGUGUAUGCAACGUAUGCCAAAAGAGAUGGACAAGAUGACGGUUCCUCAGUCGCCUCGUUAGGAGAGGAAGAGGGGGAGGAUGAAGAAUUGACAGCAGUGGCGAACCAUCUCAACAAGGAGCUCUGUGAUCACUUCCUCAAUGGAGACCAACCGAAGGAGAAUGACAAAGCAGAGGAAGAGAAGGAAUUAGAGCCUCCCCCCAAACCGCCCAACAUAUUGUCUCUGUUUGGUCCCCUCCCAACUGCAGCCAGUCUGGGGCUAAAGGAAUCCAUUGAGGAGUGCAUAGCAGCUGAAGAAUCUGAGGCAGGAGCCGAUCCUCAGAAAGGUGAACUUGACCUGAAUGGGAUUGAUGACCAGGAAAUCGAUAGGUACCUACUGAAUGAGGAAGAGGUGGAACAGAAGACGGAGCUGUGGCUGAAAGAGAAUGCAGACUAUCUGGAAGAGCAGAAAGCUAAGGAAGAGCGAAUAGCCAAAGAGAAGGAACUUGGGAUUUAUAAAGAGCAGAAGCCCAGAAAAUCCUCAAAGAAACGUGAGCCAAUCCAAGCCAGUACGGCAGGCGAAGCCAUAGAAAAGAUGCUGGAACAGAAGAAGAUCUCCAGCAAGAUAAACUACGACGUGCUGAGGGAUCUGAACAGCAAGGGCAGCAGCUCGCCGGUUCAAGAGGAGAGCGACAGCAGUAACCGUGCUGGCAGCGCCAGCGGUGGCAAGAGGGGAGCCACCCAGCGACGAACGGCUGCCAGCUCCCGGAAACUGGCUGCACCCGUCAGCAACCUGGGCAAGAGGCUUCGACCACUGAUUUCUUCUGUUCCUCCAAAGAAACAGGCGACCAGAGAGGCUCCGUCUUCUGACUCAAUACCUGCUGAUGCUCAGGCCGCCCCAUCAGUGGCCGUGCUGGUGGAGAGUGGACCCGUGGUGUACAAUGAGGAAGAGGUCGAGGAGGAGGAGGAUCUGGAGGAGGAAGAGGAAAACUGCCUCAGUGCCCUCCAGCUGAUCGGUGGCAAUGAUUACGGUUUUGAAGUGGAGGACGAAGAGGGAUUCUAAAGCUAGUCGGCACCUUCCCCACGCAAGUCUCAGAAUCUGCAAGGAAAGUGGGAAGAUCCCCCCGAGCGUUGGGUGGAGAGGGUCUGUUGGCGGUAUUCCCCCCCUCCGGUGACAAGGAAGUGUUGUCACUGGCUGGUCCGGAACAUUGGCACCUCACCUGCACUCACCACUGAAGGACUGACUACCUGUUCGGAAAGUGAAGUGACCACCUAAGGCUUUUUGAUUUUCUUUUAGUUUAUUUUUGUACAGAAGCUCCUAUUUAUUACCAUUAAUUUGAAUAAUUUAGUUUUCUAUUCCUGUACGGUUAACAUUCUGUGGAGCAGAGGUGCGAGAGUGGGAGUGGUGAGAGUAGACAGGUUGGCCUAUUGAAAACCCAGGGAAUACCUCAAGCGCCAAUGCAAGGGACAGAGGUCUCCGCACCCCCCUGUGCCUGAUGCUGCAGAGUGCCUCUAUGUGGAGGUGAGCCAGUGGCCUUCAGGAAGAGCAGACCGAAGAGAGAUCAGAACUGUGAAGUACGUGGUUGCCAAGGGUCCAAACUCCAGUCCCGAAGUACGCGCUAAAGGAGGGAAAUGUUGAAUUAUUGUGCUGGAAUUGUACUGUAUCUGGGGCUCCGCCUCUCAAACUCGUCAGGAGGAGGAAACCUUUGGGCUCUGUAUAAAUUGCUACCUAUUUAUGGAGUCACCAGGCUGUGUUACUUGGAAUAUGUUCUGUUUAUUUACAGGGAUGUAAUUACCGACUUUUUAACUUAAGACCAUAAGACAUAGGAGCAGAAUUCGGCAAUUCAGACAACUGAUUCUGCUCCACCAUUUGAUCAUCUCCAGUGCAGUGCAUUUAUCCCUCAGUGUGUUUGUCCCUGGUGUGUUUACCUCCAGUGCAUUUGUCCCCAUCUAUUUACCCUUAGUGUAUUUACCUCUUAUGUGUUUGUCCCCAGUGUAUUUACCCCCAGUGUUUGUCCCCAGUCUGUGUAUUUCCAUCAGUGUAGUUUCUGCAGUGCAGUGCAUUCACCACCAGUGGAAAACCAUCAUCGCCAGUGCAUACAUUGCAGCUGCAGCUCCCUGACCCUCAGUGCCACACAUUUAUUUCAGGGGCUGUGUACUUCCCACAGUCUACUUAUCCCAUUCUGAUUAUCCCUGAUGCCGUGCAAUUUCUCAAUGUAGUGUAUCUGUCCUCUGUGUGUUUGUUGUCGGAGUAAUACUUUUAUUUGCAUGACAGUAUGUUACUGUACAACUUUGGAAUGUGGGAGGAAACCAGAGUAUCCGGAGGAAACAGACGUGGUCAUGGGGAGAACGUACAAAGUCUUUACAGACAGUGGCAUGAAUUGAACCCCAAUCGCUGGCACUGUAAAGCCUUGCAUUAACUUGAUACAUUGCCACUCCACCCACAUUUUUUUCCUGCAGUAAGACAGAAUGUGCAGCACCCACCGAGCCCUCUGGGGGCCCACAAUCAGACUGGGUUAGGUGGAGUUUAUUGUCAUGGACACAGGUACAGGGAGGUUGAGCUUUCAUUGAUAAAUUUGCUUACAGCAGCGUCACAAGCACAUAGGUACAGACAAUAUACAGAAUGUAAAUAAUGCAUGAAUUAUACAUAAAAUUAUAGUAAAAAUUAUGUUAUUCUGUGGAAAAGAGGUGCUAGAACAAGGUUAAAGAUGUCCAGGGCAGUCAGUUCAACAAAAACUAUAGGAAAGAUGAUAAGAGGCAUAGAUAGGGUGAACGGACGGCACUUUUAUUCAGGGUGGCAGGGUAGCAGCGUGGUUAGCACAACGCUUCAUAGUAUGGUACUAAUUACCACUGCUGCUUGUAGGGAGUUCAUGUUCUCCCCGUGACUGUGUGGGUUUCCUCCAGGUGCUCUGGUUUCCUCCCACAGUCCAAAGACAUACUGGAUGAAAGGUUAAUUGUCUCGUGAUUAGGCCAGGGUUAAUUUGAGGGAUUGCCGGGCGGUGUGGCUCGAAGGGGAAUAAGGGCUGUAUCUCAGUGAAUAUAUAAGCUGUAUAUCAGAGGGCACCCAUUUAAGGUGUUUGGAGGAAAAUAUAGGGGGUGUUUUUACACAGAGUGGUGGGUAUGUGGAAUGCACCAGGCAUGGUGAUAGAGACAGCUACAUUUGGGACAUUUAGGAGACUCUUCGACACAUGGAUGAAAGUAAAAUGGAAGGUUAUACGCAGUGUAGAAGUGAAGAGUUAGAUUGAUUGUGAAUUAGAUUUAUAUAUAAUCUGAGGAAAGACAUUCUUGCCAUAGAGGGAGUACAAAGAAGGUUCACCAGAUUGAUUCCUGGGAUGGCAGGACUUUCAUAUGAUGAAAGACUGGAUCGACUAGGCUUGUACUCUCUGGAAUUUAGAAGAUUGAGGGGAGAUCUUAUUGAAACGUAUAAAAUUCUAGAGGGAUUGGACAGACUAGAUGCAGGAAGAUUGUUCCCGAUGUUGGGGAAGUCCAGAACGAGGGGUCACAGUUUAAGGAUAAAGGGGAAGCCUUUUAGGACCGAGAUGAGGAAAAACUUCUUCACACAGAGAGUGGUGAACCUGUGGAAUUCUCUGCAACAGGAAACAGUUGAGGCCAGUUCAUUGGCUAUAUUUAAGAGGGAGUUAGAUAUGGCCCUUGUGGCUAAAGGGAUCAGGGGGUAUGGAGAGAAGGCAGGUACAGGGUUCUGAGUUGGAUGAUCAGCCAUAAUCGUACCAAAACAGCACACAAUACUCCAGGUGUGUUCUCACCAAGGCCUUGUACAACUGCAGUAGUACCUCCCUGCUCCUGUACUCGAAUCCUCUUGCUAUGAAUGCCAGCAUACCAUUCGCCUUUUUCACCGCCUGCUGUAUCUGCAUGCCCACUUUCAAUGACUGGUGUACAAUGUCACCCAGGUCUCGUUGCACCUCCCCUUUUCCUAAUCGGCCACUAUUCAGAUAAUAAUCUGUUUUCCUGUUCUUGCCACCAAAGUGGAUGACCUGCAUCUAUUUUCUAUGUUUCUAUAUAGGUUGGCACAGCAUGGGCUGAAGGGCCUGUACUGUGCUGUCCUGUUCUAAGUUCUAAAAAAACAAAGACACAAUCAAAGACAAGUCCAUUGUAGAGUAUAGUUCUUGAGGUGAUGUAGGUGUCAAAAUUUAUAAGGAUCAGGCCCUUCAGCCCAACUGGUCCAUGAUGACAAAGGUUCCUAUCUACACUCAACCCCUAAACCUUUCCUGUCCAUGUAUUGUUCAAAUGACCUUAAAUAGCUCAUUCCACACUGGGUAUAGAAUUUGCCCCUCAGGUCCCUUUUUAAUCUUCCCUCUCAGCUUUAACCUCUGCACUCUAGUUUUAGCCUCCCCAACCCCCAGGAAAAGACCGACUAUCCACCUUACCGGUGCCCCUCAUUACUUUAUAUAUCUCUGAAAGAUCACCCCUCAGCCUCCAGGGAAAACAGUCCGCAUAUAUAUAGUCUCUCCUUACAACUCAAGCCCUCCAGCCCAGGGAACAUUCCUGUGAAUAUUUUCGACAUCUUCUUCAGCUUAAGACCAUAAAACCAUAAUCCCAUCCUUCCUACUGUGUGGGUAACUAAAAUUACCCAUGGUACUCCCAGGUUCAGCCUCCUGGGUAGGUAUUGAGGGGGUAGGUAUUGCCCAGGUCACUGCGGAUAACGCUGUCAGUCUUGUAUAGCAGUGGCCUGUCCUAAGGGAGAGUGAUGUGGCAUCUGAUGGACUUGGUGGGUGGAACAUAGGUCACAGGUUGGCUUAGAGGAUGGUGCACAGCCAAGGGUUGGUGGUGUGUGGGCAUGGAUACAGAGGGUUAGGUGAAUGACGUAGGCUGGGUCUUGGUCAUAGAGUUAGGCACAGUGUGUAGAGCACAGACAUGUCAUUGAAACCAUAAGACAUAGAAGACUUGGGCCAUUGUUUAUACACCACCAUUUGCUCAUGUCUGAUUUUUUUUUUACCUCUCAAGCCCAUUUCCCUGCCUUCUCCCCAUAACUUCUGACACCCUUACUUAUCAAGUACCUUUCAACAUAUGCUUUAAAUGACUUGGCCUCCACAGCCAUCUGUGGCAAUGAAUUCCACAGAUUCAUCAUCCUCUGGCUAAAGAAAUUCUCUCCUUAUCUCUUUUCUAAAGGGAGGUCCUUCUAUUCUGAGGCUGUGCCCUCUGGUCCUAGACUAUUCCACUGUUCUCUCUAUUAUCUCCACAUCAGGGAGGUCCACACAGAAACAGUAACUAGGAAAUAUAGGAAACUAGGAAACCUCCAGUCCAGGCAAAUCUCAGGAUUCUGAGAUUUAUACUUCUUCCACACAAAGAUAUCGAUAAAUGAUUAACUACAGUUUCAAUUGCUAUAAUCACCUAUUUAAAUUUUUGAAUAUAUACAGAAUACUGUAUGUUGGUAGCACUAGCUGAACUGCUUUGAAUAUUCAAUACUGGUGUCUGUUCCAAAAGUCUCUGAGUAUAAACUCCAGACACCCAAAAAUACACCAGGGGUGAAGGCUGGCUCCAUGAAUAUACAACUAGCCAGGAGAUUAAAUGACAAGACAUAGGGGCUUUGAGAAAAGAGAAGCAGAAUAAAUAGUGUAAAGACAGUAAGGUAGAAGGGCUGAAAUGUGUGUAGCUCAAUGCAAGAAGCAUCAGGAACAAAGGUGAUGAACUGAGAGCUUGGAUACAUACAUGGAAUUAUGAUGUAGUGCCCAUUACAGAGACUUGGCUGGCACCACAGCAGGAAUGGAUUCUCAAUAUUCCUGGAUUUCAGUGCUUUAAAAGGGAUAGAGAGGGUGGAAAAAGGGGAGAAGGGGUGGCAUUACUGGUCAGGGAUACUAUUACAGCUACAGAAAGGGUGGGUAAUGUAGCAGGAUCCUCUUUUGAGUCAAUAUGGGUGGAAGUCAGGAACAGGAAGGGAGCAGUUACUCUAUUGGGGGUAUUCUUUAGGCCCCCUGGUAGCAGCAGAGAUACAGAAGAGCAGAUUGGGAGGCAGAUUUUGGAAAGGUGCAAAAAUAACAGAGUUGUUAUCAUGGGUGACUUUAACUUCCCUAAUAUUGAUUGGCACCUGAUUAGUUCCAAGGGUUUAGAUGGGGCAGAGUUUGUUAAGUGUGUCCAGGACGGAUUCCUGUCACAGUAUGUGGACAAGCCGACCGGGGGAAUCCCAUACUAGAUCUAGUACUAGGUAAUGAACCAGGUCAGGUCACAGAUCUCUCAGUGGGUGAGCAUCUGGGGGACAGUGACCACCGCUCCCUGGCCUUUAGCAUUAUCAUGGAAAAGGAUAGAAUCAGAGAGGACAGGAAAAUUUUUAAUUGGGGAAAGGCAAAUUAUGAGGCUAUAAGGCUAGAACUUGUGGGUGUGAAUUGGGAUGAUGU